GCAGCAAAUUUACGAAGCACUUACGGAAGUGAAAAAAACUGCAAAUGCUCUUAACAAAAAACUGGAGAAAGAUCUGAAACUCGCCAGCAAAAAACUCAAGGAUCAAAGAUCUCUUGAGGAACGUUGCCACAAAACGCAGGACGAAAUCGAUAAACUGACUGAAAGCAACAGAGGUCUCGAAGUCAAACUGGAAGACCUGACAGUCAGAAUUUGGGAUCCUGAAGUUUUGUUUAGCUCCCAUAUCAAAGCAAAGUUUGAGGUAAAAGCUCUUACCCAAGAAAACCUUGACCUGAAGAACCAGAUCAAGAGGGUUGAGAAGACAAAGGCGAACCUCGAACCUUUGGAGGAAAAGUACAACGAGAAAUGUGCUCACCUCCAGCUGGUUAAACAAGAAAACUCUGCUCUGCAAACUCAGCUGCAAGAGCUUCAAAAGCAGCGAGAGGAGGAAGAACAGAGUAGACGCUGCUAUGAAAGCCUUGUGGCCAACACUGAGUGUUUGGAGCAAGAAAACCUGGACCUUCGGUCAC